AUGGCGGACUACGAGGCGGUGCAGCGCGGGCCGCUGCGGCUGAAGGGCAGCGGCGCGGCCCUGGGGGCCGGCAAGCGGAAGAAGAAAAAGGCGAAGGACAAGGCCCAGAUCCUGGAGCAGAUCGUGAGCAGCAAGAAGCAGGAGGAGGAGAAGAAGCGCGGCCUGGACAAGCGGACCCCGGCGCAGGUGGCCUACGAGAAGAUGCAGGAGAAGAGGCAAAUGGAGAGGAUCCUGAAGAAAGCGUCCAAAACCCAUAAGCAGCGAGUGGAGGACUUCAACAGGCACUUGGAUACUCUGACUGAGCAUUACGACAUUCCUAAAGUCAGCUGGACGAAGUGAAUGGACUGCUUUUCAAGGCUUUGGAUCAGGAGUUGUGUUUUGUUUGUAUUGAACAGGGUUGCCAUGUAAAUCCGUGUAUUCUCCAUAUUGAAUGUUUAAUAUAUCUUCUGAACGUU